AUGUGCAACGACAAACUUCAUCAGUUUCUUCAGGCUCUCCCCAAAUGUGAGCAUCAUGUUCACAUAGAGGGCACUAUCUCUCCAGAGUUAUUUUUCAGUAUUGCUUCUAAAAACAGCGUAUCAUUACCGUCAGAUGACCCGGCUUUUAGUAGCCCGGCAGCUUUACAAGCGCGUUAUCAAAAUUUCUCUUCUCUCGACGAUUUCUUGCAUUACUAUUUCAUUGGAUUUUCCGCACUCAUCAAUGCUUCGGAUUUUGAAGCGCUGACAUAUGAUUAUCUCGCUCUUGCGUAUUCACAGAAUGUAUACCAUUGCGAGAUAUUCUUUGAUCCGCAAGCCCAUAUCUCGCGCAAUGUGUCAUACCAUACCGUUAUCGCUGGGAUGAAUGCCGCAAAGGCAAGAGCUGCGGCUGAUUUCCCUAAGCUCAGCGUUGAGUUCAUACCUUGUUUGCUACGCCAUCUGCCAGUGCCUUCAGCGCAUGAGUUGCUCGUAGAGCUACUCGCCUCUGGUCACUUUUUUGACGGUACACUGGUCGGGUUCGGAAUGUCUAGUACCGAACUAGGAAAGCACCCUUCGGUUUAUAAGUCUGUUUACGAUGCAGCCAAAGCCGCUGGGAUUAAUAACUUCACGGCUCACUAUGGCGAAGAAGGUCCUUCAGAAUAUGUGAAAGAUGCGUUAUCACUUCUUAGCGUGAGUCGCAUAGAUCAUGGUCGGCGCUCUGCUGAAGAUGCAGAUCUUAUCGCUCAGCUUGCCGAAUCAGCCACUAUGUUGACUCUGUGCCCUUUGUCGAACGUCGUGUUGAAAGGGGUGAACAGGAUACAUGAUAUACCAAUUCGAGAAUUCCUAGAUGCCGAUGUGAGAUUCAGCAUCAAUAGCGAUGAUCCCGCUUAUUUUGGAGGCUAUAUAAUGGAAAAUUAUUGUGCUGUACAGGAAGCUUUUGGAUUGACUGUGGAAGACUGGGAGAAGAUUACUCGCGGAGCUGUUGCAGGAAGCUGGUGCUCUUCAGAGAGAAAAGAGCAGCUUUUAAGGGAAGUGGACAGUGUGUUGCAAAAUUGGAUUUAAAAAAGCGAUACCUGCGGGUGCAUCUAGACUUACUUCUCUAGCUCUUAGUUGAAGGGACGAGGAAAGUCUGAAAGGAAUGUGAGGUAGUUGGUACAAUGAAACUAUUGAUCAAGGGGAAGCUCCCAGCUAUAAAUGUUUUAUACGAUAAAGC